AUGGCAUCUCUACCUAACAGAAGCACGGUUUCCAAGGGCAAGUACUCGUUGACGGACUUCUCCAUCCAGCGAACGCUUGGAACGGGUUCGUUCGGCCGGGUGCAUCUGGUUCGGUCGGUGCACAACAACCGGUACUACGCCAUCAAGGUGCUGAAAAAGGCGCAGAUUGUGAAGAUGAAGCAGGUGGAGCACACCAACGACGAGCGGCGGAUGCUCAAGCUGGUGGAGCACCCAUUUCUGAUCAGAAUGUGGGGGACGUUCCAGGACUCCAAAAACCUGUUCAUGGUGAUGGACUACGUGGAGGGAGGCGAGCUGUUCUCGCUGCUGCGAAAGAGCCAGCGGUUCCCCAACCCCGUGGCCAAGUUUUAUGCGGCAGAAGUCACCCUCGCCCUCGAGUACCUGCACUCCCACAACAUCAUCUACCGAGACCUCAAGCCCGAAAACAUUUUGCUAGACAAGAACGGUCACAUCAAAAUCACGGACUUUGGGUUCGCCAAAGAGGUCCGCGACGUGACCUGGACGCUGUGUGGCACGCCAGAUUACAUUGCGCCCGAGGUGGUCACCACAAAGGCGUACAACAAGUCUGUGGACUGGUGGUCGCUCGGAAUCCUCAUUUAUGAAAUGCUCACCGGCUACACGCCCUUCUACGACCACACGCCCAUGAAGACGUAUGAGAACAUUCUCAUGGGUCAUGUGCGGUACCCUUCGUACCUGCAUCCGGAUGUGACUGAUUUGCUGACCAAACUCAUCACCAAGGACCUCACCCGACGAUAUGGUAACCUGCAGGGCGGCCCACAGGACGUGAAGAACCACCCGUGGUUCUCCGAGGUCAUUUGGGAGAAGUUGUUGUCCAAGGAUAUCGAGACUCCGUAUGAGCCUCCCAUUCAGAGUGGAGUGGGCGACACGUCGUUGUUUGACAGUUACCCGGAGGAGGAGCUGGACUAUGGAAUUGUAUGUCCGGACCCGUAUGGAAAGUUGUUUGGCGAUUUCUAG